ACAGCCCCUCCCCCACGGUUCUGAAGCGGUCUCCUUACAGAUUAAAGGAGGUGUUCGAGAGUAAAAGAGAGGUAAAUGAUAAUAAAAUAGGCUGAAGUGUGUUCGAUCCACUUCAGAACUAUUUAACGUGGAGCCCUGGGAGGGCAGCGCGGAGGAGCUCACCCCUCUCCCCCUCCCGUGCUGCACGCACGGUCGGUCCGGCCAUUAGCUCUCGGUGGACAGGCACCAACAAAAGGCUGACGGAGGCAGAUUAGUUCCCGGAGAGCGCCCAACUAGAUCACCUCCUGUCUCUCGUUUAGCUUUCGGUGGGGAAACCGACCAGCCGAACCGAACCAAGGCUGUGUGGAUCUGCUCGGAUGUUCUGGACCCGAAGCACCGGCACCGCCGCAGCCUGUGCAACCCAAAGGGACCGGUCUCCGUGGGGGGAGCGUUUGUUUUUAUUGUUUGGUUUGUGAGCGGGUUCCUCCGGUGAGGGGCGGGCGGAUCGCAUCCCGUCCGGCAUGUGCCGAGGGGAGCUACGCGGAGGUCCUUUUUCAGCCAUUACUGUUGCUACAGAAACGGCUAGCUAGCUGUUCAGUCGGAAUGUGUUCCUGUCCUGCUGGCUGGAGAGGCUCGUUCAUCUGACGGGACUGUGUUCUGCUAAAGGUCAAAGUGUGAACUGGACCGGACCGGUGGUUCCGUAGACCGAACAAGCUACGAGCUGGCAGAAGGAAGCAACGGCGACGUAACACGGGGAUGUGAAAAGUUUCCACGCUGAACUCCGUUUGCAGGUCAGAGGGGAGUAGGCUGCGGUUCCUGGUGACAUUUUUUAGCUCAACACCUAUUAGAACCAACUAGUCCACACACGAGCUGCUCCGGGAGCUUUUUAUGUGACCCUCUGACAGCGACCAGAGCUGCUGGCGGCCUGCCCCCUCCUCUCUGCGGUGGUUCGGUAACCGAGCGAUGGCCAUGGUGAGUGGGGGCUGGGGAGAUCCCAACGGGGGCACCAAUGGGUUGGGGGACAAGAGCUACCUGAGGGGGGAGGAAGAGGACGAAUCUCCCCAGGCGGGGGGCAGCGACAUGGAGGCCGGGGACGAGGACAAGGCCUGCGUGGUGGACUGCGUGGUGUGCGGGGACAAGUCCAGCGGGAAACAUUACGGCGUGUUCACCUGCGAAGGCUGCAAGAGCUUCUUCAAGCGGAGCGUCAGACGCAACCUGAGCUACACGUGCAGGUCCAACAGGGAGUGUCAGAUCGAUCAGCACCACAGGAACCAGUGUCAGUACUGCCGUCUGAAGAAGUGUUUCCAUGUGGGCAUGCGUAAAGAGGCAGUUCAACGCGGUCGGAUCCCCCCCCAGCCCAGCCUCAGCCCUUCCAUUACUCCCAUAGGUGGUGUCAGCGGCCUUGGAGGAGGUGAGUUCUACACCAACAACAAUGGAGGAAGGGGCGGUGACGGUCAGCCAGUGUCGGAGCUCAUUUCCCAGCUGCUGCGAGCCGAGCCGUAUCCCAACAGCCGAUAUGGACACCAGUACAACCAGCAGGCUGGUCCAGACAACGCCAUGGGAAUAGAUAACAUCUGUGAACUAGCUGCACGGCUGCUCUUCAGCACUGUGGAGUGGGCCAGAAACAUCCCGUAUUUCCCCGAGCUGCCCGUCUCGGACCAGGUGGCGCUGCUGAGGCUGAGCUGGAGUGAGCUUUUCAUCCUCAACGCGGCGCAGUCGUCCUUGCCUCUGCACAUGGCGCCCCUGCUGGCUGCAGCUGGUUUCCACUCGUCCCCAAUGUCUGCCGAGCGCGUGGUGUCCUUCAUGGACCAGGUGAGGAUGUUCCAGGACCAGGUGGACAAGCUGACCCGGCUUCAGGUGGACUCGGCUGAGUACAGCUGCCUCAAGGCCAUCGCUCUGUUCUCCCCAGAUGCCUGUGGCCUGACGGACCCGGUCCACGUGGAGUCUCUGCAGGAGAAGGCUCAGGUGGCUCUGACGGAGUAUGAGCGGAUGCAGUAUCCGAGCCAGCCGCAGCGCUUCGGCCGGCUGCUGCUGCGCCUGCCCGCCCUGCGCGCCGUCCCUGCCAACCUCAUCUCUCAGCUGUUUUUCAUGCGCCUGGUAGGAAAGACCCCCAUAGAGACGCUGAUCCGAGACAUGCAGCUCUCCGGAAGCUCCAUCAGCUGGCCGUAUGUGCCGGGACAGUAGCUCUGCACCGCUCCAGGUCUCCGACUGGGAUUACUGACAACAAAGCCCUGCAGGACAGCUCCUGACUCAUCACGACCCAUCUGUUUGCUUGUCAAACCGCAGAGCCAGCUGGCUGUCAUACAUGUUGUACUGUAACCGCUUCAUUCCCCUUGGAGAAACGGGCCUCUGGAGAAGACCGUUGCUAGGGUCAGGUUGGUGCCAACCCCUUUGUUUCAGGCCAGAAACAAGCUGGGCUCCAACAUGGCCGCCACAGCCCAAAGACUGAAGACAGCAGCACCCCCGCUGCAGCGACACGCAGCAGACUAAAGCGUCCCGCUGAAGGAGCAGGCUCUUCCCACACGCCGCUGGGCUCCGGCGACUCCUUCAGACUCCCGCCACCACGACUGGAGCGUGAAAACGCCUCGGGCGCCAUCGUUUAUAAAACAACAGUUUGCUGCCUGUUUUUAAUGUCGGCUCAGAGAAAGAAGCAGAAGGACUCCGACGGAUCGAGAUGAAAGUCACCAAAGUCACCUGUCCUCAGUCAUCAACUAAGCAGCCAAACUGUCCUCUGCUGUUGUAGGAAAAGCCGAAGCACCAGACGGGACUAAUACCUCACUAGACAUCAGAAUGCUUCAGUCUGAAACGAGCUGAACUCAGACCUCACCAGAACCGCCUUCUUUCUGACGACUGCCUUGUGACGGGGACACGCGUGGACGAGGAGCCCGCCACCGACUGCUCCUCAGAGUCCUUCUCAGUUUUAAAUGUCUGCUUGUGAAUCACUUUGUAUUAUCUGGACCCGUUUUUACCACAUUUACGAGGCUGACGAGGAACUGGGUUCAGUCAUGGAGCACCAAACAGACCACGGGUCUUACAGCCAAGUCCCUCGUUUACAUCUGUUUUACUGUUUCUGGAGAAGUCUCUUGCAAGUGCAUAACUGUGUGUAUAUAUCUGUAUAUGUAAUGAUGCCAACUUGGUUCUUUUGCAUGUUUUUGGUCUCCUUUACGUUAUAAUUUAACAUCAUCUAACGUUGCUUUUCCUGCUAGAUCCUGCGUAUCUUCUCCUACACGUACUUACAUGAAAAUACCUCUGUGACCUGUUUAGAUGAAAGACUGCAGCUAACUAGAUGUGCACCCAGUCAUCUCUAAAAAGCCCCACUGAUACCAGAACCGACCUGACCGUGAGCUCAUAUGAGCGUUCCAGCAGCUGGUUUUACCAAAUAAUUAACAAAGCUACGGUUAGGAGCACCACGGUGCUUCUGAACCAGGGAGGUGGGCCUCUACUCGGCGUUGGUGAGGAAGCAUACAGACCUUUUUUAACUCGGUGGUUUUACGUGAACUUCCCGUGUACGGUGAUGUUUUGAGAAGAAUCCAUGAUGUCUGUCUGAACUUGAGAAAGUGUUGUAGUUUGAUCUGUUUGAGGAAUGCCAAUUAAACACAGCAACAUGUA